CUGAAAUUUGCGAUAUCGAGACUAUUCAACCAUCGUUAACAAAGGCGCAUUCUCCAGUGCAUCCCCUAUACUUGUCGCAUAUCUAUUGAGAUACUGAAAGAUGGCUUCCGCACCAGGAGAGCAGUUCGAACCGCGACAAACAACCAUGUCGGAUGACUAUACUCCUGAUCCUUUAUUGUCGCUCCCUCUGGACGCCGAGAGACAAGCAGUGGUCGACGACAUCAUUGAUCUCUACAGCUGCGAUCCAACUGUGGAAAAAGUGAAGCGAUACACUCCGGAUUGCGUCUAUGAUGACCAAUUCGUGUAUGCGAACGAUCGGUACAAGGUGGCCGGCUAUUGGUUUGCCCUUCCAAAGCUCUUCAAAGAGAGCAAGAAUGUUGAGUCUCAAAUCAUCGCAAGCGGGAAGGAUUUCAUUCAGUUCAAGAACAUGCAGACCCGGACCUUUCGACUCAUCCCGAAAAAAAUAACAACCACUAGCUUGGUGACGUUGAGCCUAGAUCCAAGCACUGUCAACUCUGAUUUCAUUCAGGUGAAAUACCACAAAGAUCAGUCGAACGCCGAGGACUUCUCCCACGAAGGUGUUGUCUUUAAAUUCAAACAAUGGCAAGCAGACCAUAUCAGUGAUUGGCUCUCACGUGAGACCUUGCCCGAGAUGAAAGAGUUUGAGGCAGAUAGAACGGCCGCGAAGGAAGAUGUCCACAAGCACGGCAGUGGGAAGUAUGCGCCGACGAAAGACGUCAAGUCUGCAAGCACACUGUAGUGUCAGUGCGCUACGAGAGGGGAUUUAGCAUACGUAGGUAGCCAGGGAAUCGAACCGAAUGCAAGGCUCCAGUUUCGGUUGUGCUAGUAUCACCG